AUGAGCAAAAUCUACAUUGCAGGCCCCGCGGUGUUUAACGCGGACAUGGGGGCCGCGUACUACGAGCAUGUGCGCAGGUUGCUGAGGGUGCACGGCGCCACACCACUGAUUCCCGUGGACAACGAGGCCACGGGGGCCGCCGAGAUACGGGCAAAGAACAUGGAGAUGAUAAGGCAGUGUGACGCCGUCAUUGCGGACCUCUCGCCCUUUCGCUCGCAUGAGCCGGACUGCGGGACCGCGUUUGAGGUGGGCUACGCUGCUGCCCUGGGAAAGACGGUGCUGGUCUUCACUUCCGAUCGACGUUCAAUGAGGGAGAAGUACGGCGGUGCGUGUGACGCGGCCGGGAUGACAGUGGAGGAUUUU